UGGGCCGGAUUUUCGGGAUGCUGUGUUCCUGCCCGCGUUGGUCCGCAAAGGUCAUGGUUAGCGAGGCAUUCCAACAGUCGCCCGUGCGGCUAUCAAACCAUUCCAGCAUGGCGGAGAUGAUCGCCGCAUCGCGUUGCGGUCGCGAGGCGAAGUUGUUAAGCUUGGAGAAUGGGUAGACUGGGAAGGAGAGCCGUUCACCACCUGUGACUGUGACUGUCGUGUGACAGCAAGACGCGAGAAGCCUACAGUGGACGUCCCCGCAGCUUACUGCCUGUUUUGCUGCUUCUGGUCUCAAAGAAAUGCAUGUGCACUGGCUUUCCCCUCAGCUCUCCCUUGGCUUUACUAGUAACGUCGGCCUUAGAUUAGUUUUUUCUUUCGGCCUUCGCACUUGUUUUCACGAGAUCGUUCAAUCCAAGAGCCACCGCGUUUUCUAUGGUCCAUUCGCUUAACUCGCUCGAUCGUCUGGCUGUCGAAGCCUACUCCUAUCGGCAACGCCAUGACACUCAACAUUAUAGCUUGCGACGCGGGCGACUCUCCUAGUAGCAAUGAGUUCUUCUCGACUCCGUAUUGGUUCGGAUCGUCCGGCCCAUGUCGAUCCAAUCAUGUCCUUACGCCCAUUCCCUCAGCCGGCAACGACGAGAUGGCACCGUCGUCGGUUCCGUCAGGGGCGGAUGCGAGCGGCGGCGGGGACGCGGCUGAGGUGCCGCCGGCCGUGGGGACGUCCGCCGAAAGCAAGGAGCCGCCGCAAGAGGAGAGUGAGGCGAGCAUGUUGGCACACAGGGGUGCGGACGCCGGUGAUACUUCUGGGGGUGAAGCGGCAGCCGUCCAGGAAGAGGAAGAGGAAGAGGAAGAGGAAGAGGGGUUGGCGGACCCGAAACUAGGCAUUUUCUCAAUCCUCACUCUGUCAUGGCUGUCCCCGCUGAUGGCUGUGGGGGUGCGCCAGGUGCUGGGCCCGCGCGACCUCUACCCGCUGCCCUCCGCCUUCUCCGCCCAGCACCUGGGCGCGCAGCUCUCCGCGCUCCUGGCGCCGCGCACCCCGCAGCAGCAGCAGCAGCAGCAGUUGGCAGGGGAGUCGGGCGUGGAAGGAGACGGGAGAAAGGCGGAGGGAGGGGAAAGGGGAGGGGGAGCAUGGAAGGGACGGUUCUGGGUGGCGUGCCUGUGGCCGUUCAGGUGGCGGCUGGUGCUGGUGGCGGCGCUGGUGCUGUUGCAGUCGGGGCAGCGCAUCGCCACCGCCAUAGUGCUGCGACAGCUCAUUCGGUUUCUGCAGGACGCACAGGACCUGGGGGCAGGCGGCCCCGCCUGGCGGGGGUACGUGAUGGCGGCGCUGCUGGGGGUGCUGGCGCUGGGCUUCACGGUGGUGGACCAGCAGCUCUGGAUGCUCUCGCACAUCGCCGGUUGGAACCUCAGGGUCUCCUCCAUGGCCCUCAUGUAUCGCAAGAUCCUGUCGCUGAACGGGGCUGCGCUGAGUGGCAUCUCCACAGGCCACUGCAUCAACCUCAUGUCCAACGACGUUCGCCGCUUCGACGAGCUCCCCAUGUUCGCACAAUUCCUCUGGGCGGCGCCUCUGGAGCUGGUGGUGGUGACGGCGCUCAUAGCCCUCGAGGUGGGGCCCCAGCCGGCCUUCGCUGGCAUCGCGGCUCUCCUCGCCCUCAUUCCCCUGCAGGCUCUGUUUGGCCACCUGUUUGCCAAGCUGCGGCUCAAAACGGCCAAGUUCACGGAUGCGAGGGUGAAGAUGACUGGCGAGGUGCUGUCCGGCAUUCUCGCCGUGAAGAUGUUUGCAUGGGAGGCACCCUUCUCCGCCUUCAUUCAGAGCAUUCGCAACCGCGAGCGCACCAACAUAGAGCGAGCGGCAUGCAUGCGGGCGUUCAACGAGGCGGCGUACUUUGCAUGGUCGUCCCUAGUGGCGCUGCUCAUCUUCGCCACGUACUCGCUGCAGGGGGGACACCUUCAGCCCUCCACCGUGUUCUAUGUCAUUGCACUCGUGCAGCUGCCUCGUUUUUGGAUGUGUGUGCUCUUCUCAAAGGGCGUUGAGCGAACAGCAGAGGCUGCUGUGAGCUUUGCAAGGCUCGAGGAAUUCAUGCAGCUACCGAGCAGCAGCAACAGAGGAGAGGAAUACAGUCUUGCAGGAGGGGCGAAUGGAGGAGAGGGGAAGAGCGGGCAGCAACUCCUGGAACAGGACCAAGAGGCGAUUCAUGCUGCUGCUGCUGCUCUUAGUGGUGGCGAUGCUGCUGCCGAGGAGGGAGGGCAGAGGGGCGGAGAGCGAAGGAGCGUGUGUGAGCUGGUGAACGCCUCGAGGUGGAGGGGGGGGAAUGGAAAGGUUGUGCACUGGGGCACGCAUCAUAACAAAGAUGGCGGGUUAGAAGGAAAUGAAGGCUUGGGAAGAAAAGGAGCAGGCGAGGGUAGGGAAGGAGACGGGGCAGGAGGGGAUGGGGAGGGCGAUGCGGAGGUUGUGGUGGCAGUGGAGGGGGUGAGCUUCAGCCUGGGGGAGGGCGAACUGCUGGGUGUCACGGGCAAGGUGGGCGCGGGCAAGUCAGCGCUGCUGGCUGGCAUUCUGGGCGAUGCUGAGCUGCUGGGGGGGCGGCUGGAGUGCAGCGCCGGGAGAAUAGCAUACGCUGCACAGAAGCCGUUCAUCAUGGCAGGAUCAUUGAAGGAUAACAUCAUCUUUGGCCGUCCAUUUCAACAGCAUCUCUACGACCAGGUGCUGGAGGCGUGUGCGCUGCGGCGGGACAUAGCGAGCUGGCCGAGGGGCGACCUCACAGAGUUUGGGGAGAGGGGAGUGAACCUGAGCGGGGGGCAGCGCGCGCGCGUGGGGCUGGCGCGAGCAGCGUACGCCAGGGAUGCGGCGCUGCUGCUGCUGGACGACCCGCUGGCUGCUGUGGAUGCCGCCGUGGGCACCCACCUUCUGCACCACUGCAUCCUCGGGCUCAUGGCGGGGCGGCCCCGGAUCCUUGUCAUGCACCACCUGCACUACCUGCACAGCUGUGACCGAGUGCUGGUGCUGGAAGGUGGCAGGGCAGUGGCGCUGGGUCCGUAUGAUACCCUGGCCUCACAGGUGGAGCUUCAAGGGCUGCUGGGGGGAGAUGACGGGGAGGGGCACGUUGGGGUGGGGAAGGAGCAGGGGGAGGGAGGAGGGGCGAGAGAGAUGGAUGGCUCGUUGGCUGCUGGUGGCGUGGAUGAGGGGGAGGGCAGAGGGGGAGGAGGAGGAGGCAGAGGAGGAGUGAAGGACAUUCGAGGGGGAUUGAAGGACCAGUGUUUGUUUACAGACGGUGAUGGUGAUGGUGAUGGUGAUGGUGAUGGUGAUUGUGAUGACUAUGGUGACGCUGCUCAUGCCGAUGCUGGCUCUGAGGUUCCUCGUUGCAUCAAUGGCAUUCAAGAACCGGGUCCUCUGCACAGCCCUUGGAUCCAACAAGGCUGCACCACACCAGCUUCUGACGGAUCGACUGCUGCUGCAGCCUCACUUGAAGUCACUGGAACCCCUUCCACAACGGAAGCAGCAGCAGGAGGAGGAGGCGGAGGAGGCAGCAGUCAUCAAAGCACCCAGCAGACUUCAGGCUCCCCUCCUCCCUCACAUGAAGAUCCCUCAUUCCAAGUGCUGCUGCUGCACCGCCUUCGCAAGCUCACUAAGUGCGACCCGCCGCUGCAGCAUGGGCCCCAUGGAAGGAAGCUGACGCGAAGCCACAGCCUCAUGGGCAGCUUUGUGCACCGGAUACGAGGGGAUCAAGGUGGAGAGGGUGGGCGGCUGCGCGGUGGGGAGGGCAUGGUGGAUGAAGGUGCUGGAGAAGGGUUGGUGCAGAGGGAGGGGAAGGAGGCAGGAAUGGUUGGUGUGGGAGUGUAUCUGGGAUACGCCAAGAAAGUCGGUGUCUUGCGGUCGCUGCUGCUCCUUGUCCUCCUUGCUCUCGGGCAAAUCCUCGCUUGUGCUGGCGACUGGUUCCUCUCCUUCUGGUCCCAGAAGACGGACCAAUCAGGGCCCUACCGCACCAUCUUCACAGCCAUUGUGCUGACAGGAUUCGCCGUCUCCUUCGUGCGCUCCGUGCUCUUCUUCCGGUGGUGCGUGCGCGCUGCCUCUCGCAUCCACGCCGCCAUGCUGGCGGCUGUGCUGGGCUCGCCGCUUGCCUUCUUCCACGCCAACCCCAUCGGCCGCGUGCUCAACCGCUUCUCCGCUGAUCAGGGCAUCCUGGACGACCAGCUGCCACUCACACUCUUCAACUUCGUUCAGACGCUCAGCCUAACAGGCGCCGCAAUAGUGAUUGUGGCAUUAGGCGUGCCGUGGGUCCUCAUCGCCAUGCUCUUUCUCAGCCUGCUCUUCCUGCGCCUGCGCUACAUCUUCCUCUGCACCUCCCGCGAGGCCAAGAGGCUCGAGGCUGUCACUCGCAGCCCUGUCUACGCGCACUAUGCUGCCACCAUCCAGGGCCUGGCGACCAUACGGGCGUUUGGAGCACAGCAGCAGGCGGAGGGCGCCUUCCACCGGCUGCUCAACGCCAACGGCCGCGCCUUCUACUGCUGGCUCGCCGCCUCGCACUGGCUCGCCUUCCGCCUCGACGCCAUCGUCUCGCUCUUCGUGCUGCUCGUCGCCACGCUCGCCGUCGCUCUCCGAACGUCCCUGUCGCCGGGGCUGGUGGCUCUGGCGCUCAGCUACACUCUGCAGCUCUCGGAGAGACUGCAGUGGGCAGUGCGGCAAGGGGCGGAGACCGAAAACAUGUUCACAGGAGUUGAGCGCGCACUUGACUACACACACUUGCCCCAAGAGGAGGGGGAACAGGGGAGCCAAGGAGCUGGAGGAGGCAGUGGCUUGGAAAGAAGCUAUGGCAGUAGGAUAACAGCUGCUGGAUAUUGCGCCAAGUGGAAGGAGGCGAGGGAGCAGGGGACAGGGGGAGGGAAAGAGGAAGAGGAGCGGCAGGUGGUGGGUGAGUGGCCGAGUGAGGGAGCGGUGAGUGUGGAGGGGGUGACGGUGCGGUAUCGCCCCGGGCUGGAGCCAGUGCUGCAGGAUGUCACCUUCCAACUGCGCGGAGGGGAGAAGUGCGGCGUCGUGGGGCGCACUGGAGCGGGCAAGUCCACACUAAUGCUGGCGUUCUUCCGCCUGGUGGAGCCAACCAGUGGCCGCAUCCUCAUCGACCGAGUGGACACUGCUUCCAUCUCCCUCGCACGCCUUCGACACAGUGUGAGAACUCAAGGGAGU